CCGAAGGUUGGUGGAGGGCAAUGGAUGAGGGUAGUCAGUCAGUCGGCGCCCAGUCGUGGCGUCGACAACGUUUCUUGGUGGACUCCUCACUCGAGAGCUAAAGAAACCUAAAUAUUAUAUUUAUAGAGAAAGAUCCUUUUCCUUAAUUCAACCUGUGUCAUCGUCAAGGGAUUGCUUCCCCUGCCAAUGAACGAAUUAAUAAAUAAGCUCCACUAAAAAGGUUUUGGAAAUUGUCAAGAGGACACAUUGACAAUGCGAAAAAGAUUGUCCGGGGAUGUCUAAUGGUAGAAGAGCGACGCGACCUGUCAGGCAGCUGUCGUUGCAGCAGCCUGCGCCGCGUCGACAACAUAUUAGACGUCAGAGAUCGGCGGAGGACGAUUGCAGCAAGUCCCUGCAAAUCUACGCGAAUCCGAUCGCGCGUGGAAGAUUAGCCACAAAUGCGACAGAGAAGCCCAAGGUGCGAGUCGCCUGGGGUGAUGAUCGUCGCGGCUGCGAUGGUCUGGCCCAGGUGGAGGUGGUGGCUCGGCAGAUCCCAGGCCGAUCCAAACCACCCACAGGUCGAUCUGGCAGGGCUUAUGCCACUACGGAGAAGGCAUCGAUCCUUUACUCGCGGCAAGAGCUCGCCGAGAGGCUGCGACUCGCAUGGAAGCACCGCGAGCAGAACAAAGCGAACAUCGACAUUUUCCUGGCACAUGGCGUGGCAGUGGAGGAACGCUGCGACUCUCAGCUAUCAAUGUCCGCCCCGCCGACCCCUCUCUCCAGGAAGAAGCCUAAUUCUAUUCAGGAUGAGAAAAAAGUUCAGCGGAACCCAGCAGCGUCAAACAAUAUGAGAGAUCGAGGGAAGGAAACGCGUGAAGAUGAUGCUAUUGAAGAUGGAAGAUCAUGCGGGAAGAAGCUGGAGACUGCGUCUCGAUUGACGGAGAACGAUCUGUUGACGAAAGGGGUUGAGAAAGUAGCGAAAAGCGUGGAAAAGGAGGAAAGAGAUAACGAGAACCAAGCUACCAACUUGCACGAUAAUCCAGAGAUAAUCGAGGAGGAGGAGAAGAGAAAGAAGACGCAUAUAAAUAUCGACUGCACGAAUCUUCAUCUUCCAAUGAGCGAUCUAUCGCAACCGUCGGCCGCUUUUUCAUGCUCGAAAGUGGCAAAUGCGGAAUCGGCGAAGAUCAAUGCCGAUUUUUCGUUGGCAAAGCAGAAGCGCGCGAGUUUUCACAGCGGUACCAAUCGCGCCUUUCUCGUACCAAUGGUUGACAAGUCUCCGAAAGUACCGGAAGCGAAGAAUAAGCUCGCGCCAACGAAAUCGGUCGAGAUCAGAUGCGCUUCGGCCGAUAAAACCGCGACGAGAUCGCCAAUCGACAAGAGUGCUGUUCUCACGAGAAGCUCGUCUACGGCAAGCCUAGAAAAAGCGAGAAGGACGAAUUCGGCGCCGCCGCAGAGACGAAAUCUCGCAUCCGCGGCGCGCAUACAGGUGAACAUUGUGAUCGACGCGCCUGGUCUCGCCGAGGCGACGGAUAAAUUGAUCGUUUGUGAAAAAAUGCAGGACGGAAAAGAUGCCGUGGAAAAGUACGAGGAAGGUGCGACGAAGAUAUCGCGAGGAGAGCGCUCGAUAAAAUCGGCGCCUCUGAAGAGGAGAUCGAGAAGUUCGAAAAGACGUUUCCUCGCCUCGUCGGGUCUAAGCAAAGACGAGGAUCGCGGGGGACGAGGGAAAGCUUUUGUGGAUCCCAAAACGAGUGACGUGGUCACCAUGGUGUCGCUGGUCAGCUCGGCCGACAGCGAUAGCGACGUGGAGAAUUCGCCGGGCGACGAUAAGCUUAUCAAUGAACUGCGCAGCAAGCUACCCACCAUGCCUAUCAUAAAGACGUCUAUCAACCCCAACCCUGGUACGGUGAGAAAGCCCAUCAAAUCAGUUUCCUUCCAGAGGGACUCGUUUGACGAGGAGCCGACGAAGGAGGAGAAGCGAAUCGUCAGCGACUUCGUUCAACUUCCUCGUUUCGGACUCACCGUUAACGUCGCUCAUGAAAACGGUGGUGAGAACUUGGACGAGCAGGACAGUAGAACUGUUGCCGUCACGAUGCCGAUGCUGGCCAUCGAUCCCGUGUUAAUUCCACAGGAUGCCGAGAGGAUGGUACCGGAGGCACCGCUGACUGAUCGCGAGAAGAGAUGCUUGGCGGUACCGAUCGGUGAUCUGCACGACAAGAAGCGGAAGCUGCUGCGAACGCGCAGCACACCAAGCCGCCCGAUAAUAGCGGAACGGACGAAUAAUGGACCGAUGGAAAUAAAAGAGCAGAGGACGCCCCUCGUGAUACCACGAGUCAAUCUCGUCGCGAUUCCAACUCCAUCGAUUGAUUCACCGCUUUCAAAAGUCGAGCAAUUUCCUAAAAAGACAUCGCCGGCAAAAGAAACGCCACCAGAAGUGAUACUGCCAUCGGAGCCACAUUUUCAAACGACCAAGGAAAAGGAAUGCUGGCAUCUCUACAGGCGGAUGUGUGAUAAGGGCGUGUGUGUGUCCUUCGACACUGUUCUAAGAGGCAUGCUAACACCGACGGAGUAUCGACUACGACAGAAGGAAUGCUCGCAGGAUUUGCAAUGAGAUUCGCACAGAUGUCGAAUUGUUACGACGUUUAGAUACAUUUUUAAUGAACUGAUUAUUGUUAUUUUCACGAAUCGAUUGAUUAUCGAGAAACAAUAAGCGUGAAACAUACCAUUAUAUAUAUAUAUAUAUAUAUACACAGAAUGUCCCAUUUUAAAUGACGAGACCUCAAAUACCCUCAGAUACAAUAAGAUCGUCCUUUGGCCUCCUCCAACUUUUAUUUGAAACAUUUUUCUUUAAAAUAUAUUGUCCAAGAGAUAUUUGAGGUCGUCAUUUAAAAUGGGAUAUCCUGUGACUUUAUAUGUGCAAUUUAUUAAUUACAAUUAAUAAAUUAGGUACAUAUAUUUCUUUAUAAUAUAUAUUUCAAUUUAUAUAAUUUAUUAAUUAUUAAAUGUUAAUGAAUAACGUAAAUAGUGGGCUAUGAGAGCCGACGCAAGAUCUAAUGUGCGAGGAUUCCUAUUAUACUUACAAAAGAUUCUACACAAGAGUCUGCCCAUAAAUGAAUCCAGCAUCAAGGACAGCUUCACACUUGUAGAAAAAUUGGGCCAUAAAGAGUUUCCUUCUGGA